AUUUGACCUUCCGCUCUGCUUGUGUGUCUCACUCGAUUUGGUCCUGUAAAUUCCGAGCAGACGGGAGUUAGAAACAUGCAAAUGUUUAUUCUAUGAAGAGAAAACGCCGUCCAGCAGGGUGCUUGGUUCCUAAGCUGACGGAACAAUGGUCAAGUAUUUCUGCUGCGCAGGUUUGCUAAAAAGCUCCUGGGACCAAGUUUGCCUUGCUUUCUGGCAACGCUAUCCAAACCCUUACAGUAACCAUGUAUUGACAGAAGACAUAAUUUUCCGAGAGGUUACUCCCGCCAACUGCCUCAUUUCCAGACGUCUGCUGACCAAAACGAGCCUUUCGCCGCGUUGGAUGAAGCGCUAUCUUCCAAAACAAAUGUCUAGCUCCGCUUACAUCCUUGAGGACUCUGUGGUGGACCCUCAGAAACGAACAAUGACCACACUUACAUGGAAUAUCACCCAUGCUCGUCUUAUGUCUGUGGAGGAGCGGUGCGAAUACAGCAUUAACCCUGAGAAUGGCAGCUGGACAGAGAUAAAAAGAGAAGCUUGGAUCUCUUCCAAAGUGUAUGGACUCUCGAGGGCAGUUCAGGAGUUUGGUCUAGCAAGUUUUAAGACACGUGUUACUAAGACUAUGAAGGGCUUUGAAUACGUGCUGGCCAAAAUGCAAGGUGAAACGCCAUCGAGGAGUUUGGCUGAAGCGGCGACAGAGCGUGCAAGGGAGACGGCGCUGGCAGCUAAAGAGAAAGCCAAAGACUUGGCCUCACACGCCAAGAAGAAACAAUUUGUGUGACAAACCCCUGCUUCUGUUGCAAGGACACAUUUGUCUUUAAAUCCUCUUCAGUUCUGUGAUGCAUUGUGGGGGACAAACUAAUGCAAGUGGAUUCCUCUGUGAGGAAGUAGCCAGCUGAUCUGGUAGGAGAACCACAUCAAGCCACUUGGCCUGCACCUGUGUCAACCUGAUCAUGUUGCUUUGACUGAACUUCAUCCCGCAGCUUGGCAGACUGAAUGUUCGCUAUGUUUGUCUAACUAACCACGAUCAACAUUUCAAUCUAUGUUUAAAGGGGUCAUAUUAUGAUUUUUUUUCUACAUUUAAAACACUUCCCUGUGGUUUACAUAACACGUAAUGGUGGUUAUUUGAAAAAAAUGUUUGCAUAUAUUUUGCUUUACAGACCUAUCUUGAAGACACUUUUGAGAGACGAGAGUUUUUAGAUGUGAAUAAACCCUCCUCACUCGGCCUGGGCGGAUAACAGAUUUUGCUCAAUUAUAUAUUGACUUAAAAAUUAUUGCCGGUAAACAAUAUUAUUGCAAUUUUUUUUUGACCAAAUUAACCACUGAUGUAAUGCUAAUACAUAAUAAUAAAUGUAUAACAUUUCAAAUGCAAUGAACAUGUAUUUCUCGUAUAGUAAUUGGAAUGUGAACUUCUAAAUCUCCAAAUUGUAUUAACAAAAUAUACUUUGUUAAAAUUUGGCACUUGAAUAAAAAAUCACAACCAACAGGCUAUCAGCUAUGCUACGAACACAGUAGGCACUGAUCCAGUUAAAAGUAGUUUUUAGGAAAAUCAUUAUUUUGCCCCAAGACGGUGAUGCUGUUCUCUUACAUUAGAAGGCUAAGCUAGCUACACAUCAAAUCAAGCUAAGAUUGCUAACAAAUCAUUUACAAGUUUCUAACCUACUUUUAUUACUUAGCAUUUUAUUGUCUCUGCCAUUGGCACGAGCCCGCCAUUAAAAGCAUUUUCGUUCAUUGGGUUUUAUCGUGGACAUGUUGAUUACAACCGCUCCUACUUAAAUUAAAAACGGCAGACUCACGCAAAGCCCUUUUGGUCAGCCAUUACCUCGUAUGGCGUUAUCUGCAAACACCACAGGUCUUAUAUCACAGAACAGAGCAAAUUCCAAACAGCUUGUUUGGCGGAAGUCUGAAUGAAGGCAAGAUUAUUUUAUAGAUAUCUCUGCAAUGCCUCCAUGGUUUGAUUUCAAAUUUUCGGGACUUGUGCAAAUGCACAUAAGCAGGUAACAUCAGGUUAGAAAACUUGGUUUUGAAUAAUAGGGGCCCCUUUAAUAGAGAUCCACAUUUUUAUAACAAAUAUAAAGAAUCUUCCUGCCUGUUGACUGAAAUUGCAUUAUCUACAAAAACACAUACUUUAUGUUAAAGCAACAUUUAAUACAUGCCAACAAUAAUAUCAGUGAAAUAUCCUUUUGUCAAUAAAUGGACAAUCUGUUUCACCAGUGUGGCCUUGUCUGAAAUGAAUACAGAACUCAU